CCUUUGAAAGCGCUGCUGCCCAUUGGCUUGCUGAGGCGAAUUUCGACUAGAUAUCUGGGCGGGGGGCUUAUUGAAAUGUAAUUGCCUUUCGAAAAGAACUUUCUGUUGCCCAGGGGAAGGACCGUUGGGUAGUUUUUUGAGCUGAAAGUUUUUAGGCUUUCUGGAUCGAAAGCUUGGGGCAGGAGCUUGAGUGUAGGCAGCGGUAAUGGAGGAAGCCGAGAACCCGAAAUCGGAGCCGCUCUCGGUCUGUCCGAGAAGCAGCAACCCGAGGAAGGAUCUGGGAAAAAGAAAUGUGCAUGGAGCUUCAUUAGAUGAUACAGAUUGUCUGUGGCCUAAAGAAUUCAUUACUUCUGCAAAUAGGCAAUCUACCCAUUCCAAGGUGGGUCGCCAUAUUCUUCGAAGACAUACUGUAGGUGGCCCUCGAAGUUCCCAAGAAAUUUUGGGAAUGCAACCUUCUGAUAUGGACAAAAAAAGAGAAGCGUUUCUGGAACAUCUGAAACAGAAAUAUCCCCAUCAUGCAUCUGCAAUCAUGGGCCACCAAGAAAGACUGAGAGAUCAGGCUUUACAGUGCAUGUUGGUCUCCCUCCAUUCAGAGCUUGACAUUCAAAGGUACUUGAUGAAAAUUGAAACCUCUCAGAGAACAAGGAGCCCAAAGCUUUCCCAAAGUCCACAGCCCAGCUUGGGGGAUCAAGCUGAAUAUUUGUCAGAGGUAUCUGUUGACUCCUUGGAAGUCAUGUCAGAAGCGGAGGCCCUGUCUCCUUUUGCAAGGGGAAGCCGUACUCGAGCAAGUCUUCCAGUUGUGAGGUCAACAAAUCAAACAAAAGAAAGAUCUCUAGGGGUUUUAUAUCUGCAGUAUGGAGAUGAAACUAAACAGCUAAGGAUGCCUAAUGAGAUUACAAGCACAGACACUAUUCGUGCCCUCUUUGUAAGUGCCUUUCCCCAACAACUGACAAUGAAAAUGUUGGAGUCCCCCAGUGUGGCAAUAUAUAUCAAGGAUGAGAGCAGAAACAUCUAUUAUGAAUUAAGUGACGUGAGGAAUAUUCAAGACAAAUCUUUCCUUAAAGUUUACAACAAGGAUCCUGCCCAUGUCUUUAAUCACAAGCCUAGAGCGAUCAAUGGAGAUGUAAGGAUGCAGAGAGAAAUCUUCCCAAAUACUUCUCGGCCAGGAUCUAUUUCACAUCCUCCUCAUGCACUUCCAACCUCCCCUCCUCCUAUGGCAGUGCCACAUUCAAUGCCCACUUCUCCAUCUCGGAUCCCAUAUAGUGUUAGGCCAGUCAGUGGCCCUGGCAAUGCAACCAUUCCUCGAGAUAGGCUUUCUAACAUACCUGGACCACGGUCCAUCUCACCGAGCCCAAGUGCCAUCUUGGAAAGGAGGGAUGUGAAACCAGAUGAAGACAUGGGCAACAAGACCCUUACUCUUUUCCGAAAUGAGGGGCUGUAUGCUGAUCCCUAUUUGUUCCAUGAGGGCAGGAUGAGCAUUGCGAGUUCACAUACAGGACAUUCCCUUGAUGUACCUGAUCACAUCAUUGCUUACCAUCGUAGCACAAUGAGGUCUUCAGGCACUUACUGCACUCCUCCUGUGCAAGCAGAACUUGUGGAGCAAUCACUCUAUCGACAGAAAUCAAGGAAGUAUCCUGAGAGUCUUUUGCCAACUUUGAGUUCCAAAACACCUCCUGCCUCUCCUCACCGAGUGGCUGACAUCCGAAUGAUAGACAUCCAUACACACCAAGUCUCACCGCACACCAUUCACCUUGAUAGGUCAUCCCCCGGUCGACAGUCUCUCAAGAAAGAUCCAGGGACUCCUGUCUUUGUGGAAGGGAAAGCUCGAAAUGCCCCAGGUUUAUCUGGCAUGGCUGAGGUGGCUCCUGUCAUUCCUGACAAGAAAGUUUUUGGCUAUGGAGCAGCAGUAAUACCAAAAGAGAAUGAAACCAGAGAGAGGAUGCAAGCCAUGGAAAAACAGAUUGCCAGUUUAACUGGCCUUGUUCAGUCUGCGCUUUUAAAAGGGCCAAACACAAGUAAUAGCAAAGAUCCUUCUAGUGAGAAGAUGGUAAAAAUUGUAACUAGUAAGAGCAGUGCUGAGAAGGCAGGAUCCACUCAUGACUUCCCUGGGAAGAAUUCAUUAGCAGAAGUUGAGAUUUCCAGUAAAAGCCCCCGCCAUUCUCUUCCAUCAAACUCUGCAGCCAUGCAAUUCAGUCUCCUUAACAUGAAACGCAACGUAUCUGAUCUCCGUCUUCAGCUUCUCCAGAUCAGGCAGUUACAGCUGCAGAAUCAGGAUACACUAAAAGCCAUGAUGAGGAAUGCAGAAUUGGAGAUCAACCACAAAGUGAUAGAAAGAGCAAAAAGAUUGGAAGAUCCUGUGCAGCGCCAUCGCCACCUGGUGGAGCAGGACAGACAGAAGUACCUUCUUGAGACAGAAAGGAUUAUGAAGAGCUUGUGUGAGCUAGAAAGAUUUGUUGAAGAUCUGAAGAAGGAAUCUUUGACAUCUAACAGAACAGUAACACUGAAAGAUGUUGAAGAUGGAGCUUUCCUCUUGCGGCAAGUUGGAGAGGCAGUUGCCACCCUCAAAGGUGAAUUUCCAACACUGCAGAAUAAAAUGAGAGCCAUUCUCCGUAUUGAGGUGGAGGCUGUGAGAUUUUUAAAAGAGGAACCUCAUAAACUAGAUCUUUUACUGAAGAGAGUCCGGAGCAUGACAGAGAUCCUCACCACACUCCGGAGGCAUGUUACAGAUAGUUUGCUCAAAGGUGUGGAUCCAUCACAAGCUGCCCAAUAUCAUGCAAUGGAGAAGGCCACUGCAGCAGAAGUUCUGAAAAAUCAAGAAGAAACCGCCAACAGCCAACAUCUGAAACAGACUGUUGCUGAAUGUCCAGCUGAAAUGUCUGUUAAAUCUGAAAUGAUUCCCAUCUCCACUGUGACAGUGCAUCAUGCACAAAGCUCUCCGGUGGUCACCCAUCAGUCACAGCAUUCAUUCACAUUGGUCAGUCAAGUUCCAAAUUCUCCUCUGACCAAUAGCCCAGGGCCAGCUACAACUACAUCAAGCUCUCCAACCUACAUGGAAUCAGCAACAAUGACCGCAGUCAAUACCCAGCAAAUACAGGUGCCUCAUUCACCCCCUGUUACUGUGAACAACAACAUGCAAAGUCUUUUUAUUGAAGAACUUCACAAUGCCAGUACCAGGAACAGAGCUCUCUCGAUUGAGAAAGCAGAGAAAAAAUGGGAAGAGAAAAGGCAGAAUCUGGAUCACUACGAUGGGCAGGAAUUUGAAAAACUCCUAGAAGAAGCACAAGCAAACAUUAUGAAGUCAAUCCCAAACCUUGAUAUACCUUCACAAGCUACUGUCUCACCCAAAGCUGAUGCAGCACAAGUAUCUGAAGAUAGUACCAAAACAGAACAGGAGCUGGAAAAGGCAGUGAAGUCUCCACCUCCUCCACCUCCACGGCGAAGCUAUGUGCUAGGAUCUGGAUUAAGCACAAGACUGAGUGAAGUCAGUUAUACAGCCAGAAAAGAUAACACUAUCUCCAAGGAAAGCAGUGAAGAUUCUGUUCAAGCAGCAUCAUCCAAACUCUUCCCAGAAAAAAAUGUCUCUCUUCAAUCAGCCAGCACACCAAUGAAGGACGAAGAGGAGGAAGAAGAAGAAGGCGAUAAAAUAAUGGCAGAACUACAGGCCUUCCAGAAGUGUUCUUACAUGGAUAUAAACUCAAACAAUCAUGCUGAACAGUCCAGAAAUGAUACACACAUAAAAGAUGCAAGGUCUGUGGCCUUAACGCAUCCUAAGGAGAAGAAGGUUGAUGGGGAGGCCACAAAAGAUAGUGACCAUCCCAAGGACAAGACUGAAGGGAGAACAGAAGUCAUGAUCUCAGGUUCUUUCAGCAUACCUGAAAACUCUGCCUUUAGGCCAGAGUUACUUUUGGAAAACAAGGAUUAUGCCAACAAAAAUUCUUUUAAACCAAACACAAACUUCUCUAGUUUGUUAGAAAAUGAAGGAAAGAGAUGUCCUGAAGAAAUACAAGAUUUAGCAGCAGAGAUUGGAAGACAAAAACCAAGUUACGUUGUAGUGAGAGAGAAAGAUCAUAGCACAUCUCCAAAAGACCUCCUGGAAGAUGCAAAGGUACCUCUUGUUGGACAGGCAGAUUCAUGCACCCAAGAAAUGUCAUUAGUUUCUCCAGCAACACAAGAACAGGGAAGGUCAGUUAGUGCCUAUAAUCAAGUCGCACUAAAGCAUAAAGCAUCUAAGAACAUCACCUUAAACGAUAUUGAUGAAGUAGAGUCACCAGCUAGUAUUCCAGAUGAGGAGAGUUCCCAAUCAGAGAAUGUUGGCUUCAUGAUUACUAGAACAGCUGUUCAGUUUCUGUCAGGUGGAGAGGUUCAUGACAUAGUGAACAGGAAGGGAAAUGCUAUACAGACUGUGAACAUUGAUUCCAAAAAAGAAACACCAUCUCAACAAAGCAUGCUUGAAACUCUUAAAGGUGAAGAACCAGUGGUUUGCUUGGACAAAAAACCAGUCAUCAUUAUUUUUGAUGAACCAAUGGAUAUCAGAUCAGCUUACAAAAGACUUUCAACAAUAUUUGAGGAAUGUGAUGAAGAGUUGGAAAAAAUGAUGACGGAAGAAAAAAUAGAGGAAGAAAAUGAAGAAUUUGAUACACCUGAUGAUGCUCAUUAUGAAGACGCCACCGAGACAAAUAGGAUGCAGGUUACUGAGAAAUCCAAACAGCAAACUUCCUCUAAUUCAGCAACCCAAGUUCUACAGUCUGAAGGACAGGAGAUGGACAAAAAGGAGCAUCAGAAAUCCAGUUACAUUUAUGAGUCAGAACCAAAGUUGGAUGUUCCUGAUGCUAAGAAGAAAUUUAAGUUUAAGUUUCCUAAAAAGCAAUUAGCCGCUCUCACUCAGGCAAUCCGCACAGGAACUAAAACAGGCAAGAAAACAUUACAAGUUGUUGUGUAUGAAGAAGAAGAGGAAGAUGGCACCGUAAAACAACAUAAAGAAGCAAAAAGAUUUGAAAUACCUAGUUCUCAAUCUAUUAACAUUUCUGAAAAAUCAGAAUCAAAGACAGUUGUCCAAGCAUCUAGAACUGAAGAAAUCAGGAAGAACACAUACAGAACUCUAGACAGCCUGGAACAAACAAUCAAACAGCUAGAGAGCACCAUUAGUGAGAUGAGUCCAAAGUCAGUUUUUGAAACCACAGGACAGACAGAGAGACCUCCUGGCCCAAGCUUUUUCUCACCCAAAGAGUCCAUAGUGGUGGAAGAAAGCAAUGCUGAUGUUGAAUUCCUUCCUUCAAUACGAUCAUCUUCACGAAAGAAUUCAACCAACACUUCACAGACAAGCAGGAUGCCAAUCCCUGUAGCCACAAAAAGUAGGCAAGGAGGUGUGGACAAGACCGUCAAACAGCACAAGCUACAGGAUCAGCGCCAGUACAGACAGGCUAAUGGAAGUGCUAAGAAAGCUGGUGGGGACUAUAAAGCUAUUUCCCCAAUUCUAUCUGCCUCAAAAAUUCCAGCCUUUUCUUCCACUUCUGGAAAAAGUAGUUCUGUGUCUAGUGGUGAUAGCACUAACCUUCCAAGCCUAUCCACUAAGGCCUCUGUUCCUUCUAAUUCUCUCAGUCCUCCAACAGGUCGUCCUACUCAUUCUUCUUCCUUAAUCCCUUCAGUUGCUAAUGGCUCCUUAAAAUUCCAGAAUCCUACUCACACAGGUAAAGGCCACAGUCACCUUUUACUCUCCACACAGACUCAAAAUGGCCGCCCAACCCCUCUUCCUCCAUCUUCCUUUUCCUCAGCUUCCUCCUCCUCCUCCUUACCCUCUUCCAUCUCUACCACAUUACCAAACCAAAGUAUGAAGAACAUACGGUCAAUCCACACACCCAGCUUUACCAGCUACAAGUCCCAGAAUGGAAGUGUCAGCAAAGCCAAUCCAUCUUCCACCAUCACCAAAGAGUCAUCUUAAAAGUGAUACCUGGGCCUGUACAGUUCACCAAGCCUUCCUAAUAUGCUGAUGAUGUUGCAACCAGUCUUACAGCUGAAGAUUGUUACCCAUCUUGUUGUAUCAUUUCAGGCUGAAUGCUAAAUUUGUGCUAAAUACUAGGGUAACAUCGUGAAUUAGUGAUAAAUGUAGUUUUUAAGCAUUCAUUACUGAUUAAACAGCCAAGGGGAUUAUAUAUGAAGCACAGAUUGUCUUUUAAGUAGAAACUGUUAUAAGGUUUGGAAGGAUGUGAGUGGACUGGAAAUGUGUGCACAAAAAUGUAUUGAGCAUGAAAAACUGUAUUUAAGAAGCCUGUGGUUUUUGUAUAAAGCUAUUUUUAAGUACAAGAAUUAAAGCAUCAGAAUAAUAAGAAGACUUUAAAACUGAAACUAAAAUAUUUUUCUUUUAUUUUGGAGUUAUUCAAAUUUGUUAUAGAUUUCUAUUUUUGUCAACAAAGAAAACCAUCAUGGUUUCUUUAAAAUUUCUUUUGUCAAAACAUUUGAUACAAUUAAAAUGUACAUUUGAUAGUAGAAUGCAUAAAUAUAAAAGUUAAGACAAACACUGAUGGGGCAAUUUUGUUGCACUGCCAAUCAGAUUAUAUUUAAUAAUUUGCCAUGCAUUUGGGAGAGAAGGAGUUGUUUAUUUGCUUACUCGUUUUAGCUAAGCUUUGGUUUCUUUUUUGUUUUUUCCAUAUUAAUUAGACGUAGAUGAACUAUGUAGUAUUACAAUGUGGAUUUUUGAAGUGUAAACUUCUGUACUGCUCUGUAUAAUGGAAAACCUUUGUACAUAUUAUAAUAUAAAGAUUAUAAAUAUAAAUACAUGAAUCUAAACAAUGCAUGUGGCUGGGCACAUUGACUACUUUUCAACACCAAAGGUCCAUUAUGCACAUCAAAUUUUGGAAAAUGUUAAAGGGGGAAAAUUGAGGAGGGUUUUAGAAAUCAUCUGAAAAAUUAAAGUGCACUUUUGUGAUA